ACCCGACCAUACCCCCCAUAUUUGUACAACAAAAUGAAGACUACUAAUAUUAGGGGACAAAUUCAAAUAAAAGAAAAUAUGAAGGGGCAAAUUGAAGAAUACUGAAUCUCAUGGGCUAAUUUGAGAUAUUACCUAUCUUGAACCUCUGUCGACGCAAUUACAUAUUAUUAAGUCUCAGCUUUUCACUUUUUCAGCUCUGACUUCUGAGAGCACUCAAUACAAAUUGUUAUAUAUUUCUCACCGGUGCCUGCACUGCACAGUCGACGCGAAUUUGUUACCGUUGCCGUCAAUCGACAGGACCUGUCAGGAAAUAAUCUUGGUUUUGCUUUUAUUGGGAACCACAAGUAAUCUUAAGAUGUGCGAGGUAGUGGACAUUUCGGAUGACGAAGAUUCUCCUGUGCUGGAAACCGAUGUUGGCUUUGUUUUAAAGGAUGAGAUUGUAAAUUAUAAUUUGCCACCGCAACACAUGUGCUCGACUUCUGGGGUGGAUAAUGUGGCAAGUUCAUCUGGAAUCAAUUUGAGAUCAUCAUUCAUAGGGAUGGGUUUCGCGCCAUCGCUUGUCAACAAAGUCAUUGAGGAAAAUGGUGAGCAGAAUGCCGAGUCAUUAUUGGAGAUUCUCUUCACAUAUUCCGAUCUUCAGCAACCAAAGUCAGAGUUUUCUGAUGAUUGUUUCUUGAGCGGUGGCAAUGAUUGUUUAGCUGCAAACCUUGCAAGCAAGGCUUUUCAUAAAUCCGAGUCAUCAGAUUCUCUAGACAGCUUGUUCGGCAAAGAUACAGAUAUGAAUGCCUACCGCGAGGCCGAUUCUCAUGUGAAAAUGGAACCCGGUAUUGGCAGUGGAGUUAGUGAGGAAAAAAUGGCGUCGUUGUUAAGAAUGAAUUUCUCUUUGGAUGAAGUCCGUUUUGCUAUGGAUAGACUUGGAAAACAUGCUUCUAUUGAUGAAUUAGUGAACUUCAUUUUUGCUGCAAGGAUGGCCAAAAAGUAUGAAAAAGAUGCAAAUAAUCCAUUUCCUGGAGAUGACAACUGCAACAAUGAGGCCUUAUUUGGUAUUAUGGACAAGACGCUCCGAUUGCUCGAAAUGGGUUUUACUGAAAAUCAAAUUUCAGCUGUUUUUGAGAGAUGUGGUUCAGAAGCACUUCUGACAGAUCUUGCCGAAUCAAUUAUUACAGGUGGUGCUGAACCGGAUGCUCAUAAGUACUCUUCACCUUUGAGCAAGCAAAGUGUCCAAGUUAAUUGCCGAUCACUGAAAAGAAAGACAACAGGAGAUUUUCUAAUGAAUCAGCAGCCUCUUAGCUCGGUAUUGAUAAAAACCGAGGAAUACAGUUCAGAUAUUGUACCUGAACCAGACUUGCUUGAGAGAUUGAAAGGCAAGAGGCCAAAAGAAGAACAUACUGAUGAUGAGCCAAACAACUGGCUGAAACCAAAAGAAGAAUUUAUGGAAGACACGAGCAAUUCCGAGGGUAGGAUGUGGCUAGAAGCAAGAAGAGGGAUCUCCAGUUCGACAAAUAAUCGAGUAGCAGCCUCGCGAAGACGGGUUUUGGGGAUUCUAGAAGAUAGAAACCCCACCAUGUCCAUGCCCAAUCCUUGCAAGAGUCUUACUAGUGUAGUAGCUAAACCUCCGUAUUUCUUUUACGGAAAUGUGACUAGCUUAUCUCAAGACUCUUGGGCCAGAAUUUCCCAGUUUCUGUAUUCCUCACAACCCGAAUUUGCAAAUACUCAAUUAUACUCCGCAUUGAGCAGAAAGGAAGGCUAUAUACAUAACCUCCCCAUUGAAGAUAGAUUUCACAUUCAUCCAAAGGGGCCAAUGACUAUCGAGGAAGCUAUACCACAUUCAAGAAAAUGGUGGCCAUCAUGGGAUGACAGGAAGCAACUAAGCUACAUCAGUUGUGAAACGAGCGGAGUACCCCUUCUAUGUGACAGGCUUGGAAGAAUUUUGGCUGAUUGUAAUGGGCUUCCAUCGGCUGAACAACGUAGACAGAUUCUCCAACAAUGUCGGGAGAAAAAUUUGAUUUGGGUAGGCAAAUAUAAGUUGGGUCGACUAGAACCCGAACAUUUAGAGCGAAUAAUGGGUUAUCCGUUCCAACACAGUCAAGUUGCUGGAUUUGGCGUGCCCGAGCGACUUGGAUCACUUAAGCACUCAUUUCAGACGGACACUUUAGGGUACCAUCUUUCAGUUAUGAGGCGUUUAGUACCUGGAGGAGUGGUUAUUUUGUCGUUUUUUAGUGGUAUAGGUGGAGUCGAAAUCGCUCUCCACCGACUUGGCAUUGUUUUGAAGGGUGUGGUUUCUGUUGAAACUUGUGAGGUGAAACGCAAAAUUCUGAAGAAGUGGUGGGAGAGUAGUGGGCAGAGCGGAGAGUUGAUCCAGAUAGAGGACAUCAACAAGUUAUCCAGUCGCAAACUUGAAGAUUUGAUGAAGAAGUUCAAAGGAUUCGAUCUUGUGGUGUGUCAGAACCCGUAUUCGGCUGCCGAUAGUGAUAACUUGUCUGGAUUGGAUUUUUCUAUGUUUGCGGAGUUUGUGAGAGUUGUACAACGUGUAAGGUCUACAAUGGAGGGAGACAGAUAGAUGAUUUUAUGACCACGAUCAAACAGUCCCUUUUGUUUUUGUUUUUUUGGUACUAAUAUUAUUAUUAUUUGUAGAGAAUGUAUUUUUUCAAAUUUUUCGAAGUUUGGCUCCUCUGAAAUCCAGGCAAAAUACUUUUGAGAGACUCAAAUAGUUCAUAAUUAUGUUGGCGCAUUAAACCAA